GACAGUCAGGCAGAUAGACAGUCAGUCAGGCAGACAGACAGACAGACAGGCAGGUCCUAACGUCACAGUCAGGGCUGGGCUGGGGCUCGUUCAGGGGUUGGGACUGAGCAGACCGCUCCCCAGAGUUGCAGUGGAAGCUACGGGAGACGCGGGCGGAGGCAUGGAAAUCCAUGCAUGGCUCUGUCUCCUUUCAUAGUAACCAUAUCGAAAAGCGUAAGGAUAUCUAUUGAACUCUUCGAUUGCAAUGAAACACAUUGUGUAAGCACAACGCACAGAAGAGGAGGCAUUUGACGUUUACUGGACUGAUGGCUCCAGAGUGACAUGCCAUGGCUUUAAUGAUCCCCCCGGUGAAGCUCAAAUGGCUGGAGCACCUAAACAGCUCAUGGAUCACGGAGGACAGCGAGUCCAUCUCGACACGGGAGGGAGUCUCGGUGCUCUACUCAAAGCUGCUAGCUAACAAAGAGGCUGUGCUGCUGCCCCAGCAGGUGCUGUGUCUGAAAGGACCCCAGCUUCCAGACUUUGAGCGCGAGUCCCUCUCCAGCGAUGAGCAGGAACACUACCUUGAUGCUCUCCUCAGCAGCCAGCUGGCCUUGGCCAAGAUGGUCUGCUCUGACUCUCCCUUUGCCGCAGCCCUGCGCAAACGUGUGCUGGUGCUUCAGCGCAUCUUCUAUGCACUUUCCAACAAGUACCACGACAAGGGAAAAGUCAAGCAGCAGCAGCACUCUACAGAAAACAACUCGGGCUCAGCGGAUCUGCACUCGGUCAGCGAGAGGCCGCGUUCCAGCACUGACGCCCUCAUCGAGAUGGGCGUUCGUACCGGCCUCAGCCUUCUUUUCGCUCUUCUGCGCCAGAGCUGGAUGAUGCCUCCUCCACCCAGCCCUGGUGGAGGUCCCGGGGGCAACAUAAACUUGUGUAAUGAUGUCAUUCACACAGCCAUUGAUGUGGUCAGCUCCCUGCCACCCCUCUCUCUGGCCAACGAGAGCAAGAUCCCACCAAUGGGGCUGGACUGCCUGGCCCAGGUCACCACAUUUCUGAAGGGGGUGACCAUGCAAAACUCUGGGGCGGAUAUUCUAGGGCGGCGGCUGGCCUCAGAGCUGCUGCUAGGGCUGGCCUCCCAGAGGGGCUCCCUGCGCUACCUGCUGGAGUGGAUCGAGAUGGCCCUGGCUGCAUCAGCCGUGGUCAGCGCUAUGGAGGAGAGUAAGGGGCUGCAAAACCAAGAAGGGCUUAUUGGCUACGAUUGCUUCAUGAACAUCCUCAUGCAGAUGAGACGCUCUUUGGGCUCCUCAUCAGAUCGCAGCCAGUGGAGAGAACCAACGCGGACGUCUGAUGGCUUGUGCUCAUUGUAUGAAGCGGCACUCUGUCUUUUUGAAGAA